AUGUUUGGAACCAAUUUUAAAAACUUGCCAGAUUUUAAAAUUUUUAACGAUUCCAGUAAGAAAUUAGAUAUUUUGGAAUUUAGAAAUUGUGGAAUAGAGGGUAAUAUUCCAACAAACAAGUAUUUAGUUAAAAAUGCUAGAUUUGACAUAUCUGGCAAUAAUAUGAAUGGUGCUAUUGAUAAUAGUUGGUGUAAUGGCGUUGAUUUUACAAUUACUGACAAUAACUUCAGUGGUGCUCUUCCUUUUUGCUUUUAUUGCUAUUUGGGCAUUCCUUCAUUUUAUAACAAAUUCUCUGGUAAUAGCUUUGAUAAUUUCAAUACUUUAGGAACAAACUGUAAUUAUAGUAGUAAGCCAAAUAUAGCUUCUACUCCUUUUACUAUUUGGGGUGAAAAUCUAGGUUAUGAUAUUUCAAAUAUGAAGUUGACUCCCUCAGCUAACUUCUGGGGAUAUACAAGUUAUGGAAAUUUAUUAAGUGGUUCGUUUUCAGGUGCACCAUCAAAAUUCAACUUGACCAUUGUAUCAUUAGAUUUAACUUAUACUCUAUCAUUAUCAAUAACACAACCACCAAUCAUCAAUCAAAUCAUUCAAAAAAACGAUACCCUAUCAUUCAUUGGUGAAUAUUUUACAUACAAUUCAAGUGACACUACCAUCAUAAUCGAUAAUUAUCAAAAAUGUCAUAUUGAAAACACUACAUUCUAUCAGGUUGACUGUGUAUUGGAUAAGCAACUUAGAGAUCGUGGAUUUAGGCCAAUAACAGCAAUUGUAAAGAAAUCCUUUAAUAAUGAUUUACAAACUUUAAAUACCUCCAAAACCGAUUUCAAACUCGAGUAUAUCGUCUACUCAUGUGGUGACUGUGGUAAUGGCUAUUGUAAUACUGUCAAUGCAACAUGUAUAUGUAAUGAAGAUUGGGUCACAAUCGAAGGUUAUCCAACUUGUAUGGUUCCAAACCACUAUAUAUCCUCUACCAGUCAAGUACCAUCAAAAACUGGUGGCGAAAUAACCCUUUAUGGAUGGUUUGGUACACUCCAUGACCAUAUCACCGUUACUGUUGGAAACAGUGUCUGUGACAUUAUUUCUUACGAUAAUACAACUAUUGUUUGUACCGCUAAACCAGGCAGUGGUAGUCAAAAAAUUACAGUAACUCAAAACAAAUUGGAAUUCCAUGGUAAAUUUUAUCCAUUUAUUGGUGAAUUGUUAUGUCCAAACAACUGCACAAGCCCAGAACACGGUACAUGUAUUUUUGGUCAAUGCUCUUGUAAAAAGAAUUAUGUUGGUCUUGAUUGUGGGGGUGAUACAUCUUUAAACUCAACUAUUGAGAGUGGUUCAAUUAAUUUCUCUAGUCAAGCAUCUAAUUUCCUCAUCUCAAUAGACUCGAUCAACGAAGUGGACAUUAUGGAUAGGGUUGUCGAUGUUUGGAAUUUAACAAACAAAUGGGUUCCUUUAGUUGACUCAGAACUCUCAAAUAAAUAUACCUCUGUAUACUCACAAAGUAGACAAAAUAGCAAUGCAACCAUCACUUUAAUAAUUGAACAGGUUCCUAAUUCGAAAGAUUUUAGCUUUGCUGGUGUUAAUUUUACAAUCAACAGUGGUGGUACUAAAUUUUCAAUUGAUAUUAAAGAAUGGACAUACAAAUCUAAUCUAAAUACCCUCCAGCUUCAAAUAUCAACAACAACAGAAUUUAAGAAUAAGGAUCCAUGUAUAUCACACGAUGAAUCAACACAUUCUAGCUCAAGUAAUGAUCAAAUGUUAGAUAGUGUAAAUUAUUUAAAAGUUAUUAAAGAUUCAAAAACACUCUAUGGUCGUUUCUUAGAUAGAAUGCUUUCAGAUGGAAGAGAAACAACAAUUGAAACUAAAAUUAAAAGCAAUUCAACCAGCAACAUCAUCUUAACAAUUAAUUUACCACAUUGCAAAGAAUGUAUUUUAGAUCCCGGUAUGUAUUAUAAAGAAAUGAUUUUUUUUUUUUUUUUUCAAAUAUUAAUAGUUUUUUUUUUUUUAGACUUUUCAGUUUUGAUAGAUCCAAACUAUAUUAAUAAUAAUAAAAAUACUUGCAGUAAUAAAAAGAAUUGGGUUAUAAUAGUUGCAGUUGUCGUUCCAGUUGUAGUUGUAUCAAUAGUUCUUGUAGUAGUAGUGGUAUUAUAUAAAAAGAAUACAAUCAAUAUAAGAAUUGGUUUAAGAAAUGUUUCAAUGAGAUCACUUAAAGAUAGAUCAAGAAAUUAA